AUGACCACCCAAUCCGUUUCUCCGAAAUCGUCAACACACACGAAACGUAUGUCCGUGACUCAUCGACGCGAGUCGUCGGUUCCUCACGAAAUUAAAGAAACUUUAGAUGCUACCGUCACUGAAACGCAAGAUGGGGAACGUUGCCUAAACAACUACAUUUUAAAGGAAGAGAUUGGUCACGGCGCAUAUGGAACCGUGAUUAUGGCAAUUGAUAAAGAAACAUCCAUUAAAUACGCGAUUAAAGAAUUUAGCAAAUCUCGCCUUCGUAAAAGGGAUAAAGCAAACUGCCUUCGUCGUCCACCGCGUGGUAGAGGUUGGAAUGCACGCGGGCGCGCUGCGUCCGUUCCAAAUGAUGUUCCAACUGAUCCUUUAUAUUUGAUUCGUAGCGAAGUAGCUGUAUUAAAGAAGCUAAACCACAAAAAUGUUGUAACAUUGUAUGAGGUCUUGGAUGACCCCGAUAACGAUUCUCUAUAUAUGGUUUUUGAAAUAUGCGAAAAUGGCGUUCUCAUGGAUGUUAGUAUUAACAAGAAGACGACACCAUUUCCCAACGAAAAAUGUCGACGUUAUUUCAGAGAAAUGAUACUUGGCUUUGAGUACUUGCAUGAAAAUGAAAUUGUCCACCGAGAUAUCAAGCCAGAUAAUCUUCUUCUAUCGAAAGAUGAUGUUUUAAAAAUCGUGGAUUUCGGUGUUUCUGAAAUAUUUAAGGGUGAAGAUAAGAUAAAAAAAUCAGCUGGUAGUCCUGCUUUCAUGGCUCCGGAAUUAUGCAUAGCACAUCAUGGAGAAAUUUCCGGUAAAGCUGCUGAUAUCUGGUCGAUGGGCGUAACCUUAUAUUGUCUUGCUUUUGGGUGCCUGCCUUUCGAGGAAGAUAAUAUUAUUGACUUGUAUGAGUCAAUAAAGAAUGAUGAUGUUAAAAUUCCGAAAGAAACAGAUCCUGAUCUGGUCGAUCUCCUUCAUGUGAUUCUCGAAAAGGAUCCUUCGAAGAGAGCGACUAUGUCUGUUUUGCGUGAACAUCCGUGGGUUACUAACCAUGGAAAUGAUCCAUUAAUAUCCACCGAGGAGAAUUGCACUGAACUUAUUUCAGAAAUUACCGAGGACGAUUUGAUUCGGGCCAUUAAACCUAUCAGCAUUAGAGGUGUUUUUACAGUGAUCGGUGCCGUUAACAAAUUAAAAAGGCUGUCAAGAUCACACCACCAUUCUAUGAGUGAUAUACCCAAGUUGGAAAUCACAAAAGAUUCAGACGAGAAAAAUGAAACUGAAUUAACUGAAUUAAAAAAAGCCUCCAUCAUUUCUGAGCAGACUGCAGUUGCAGCAGA